GGGGGCUAUCACGCGCACGUACAUACGUCAUCACGCCAGCCUUGUGACUUCCUAUGCCAUGAGUUUGUUAUAUGCGUAUGUAGCGGCUCGCGGGGUUCUAAAUGGGACAAUGUGACGGGUCGGAAGUGACAGCCUUAACCGUGUGGGGUUAACGAUUAAGCCAGGUGCGGGCCGUUACCGUACACAAGGUAUGCAUACCGGCACCCACGCAUCAGGCUGCAGCACACAUAACGGAGUGCAGGAUAUGAGACAACCGUUUUGAGGCGUUCAGCAGUGCGCUCUGUUCUGUUCUCUCGUCUCCUCUGUGGACUUCUGCGUUUUAGGUAAGCAGCAGCCAGAGCGCUGGAGGGGACGUGUUCUGUAGUGCUGCUCCGUAACUCUAUCCUUGUGCUGCAGACCUUUAAAUACUCUUCAUAAAAUAGCCACUUGGUGAAAGGUGAGACCUUCCCAGCCCAGGACACCGUCAGGCGCGAGCUAGUCUGAAAGGACCGUCAGAGCGCGUGCAGGACUGGCCUGCGCUCUUGGAUGGAACAGGACUUCAGGCUACUAGCUGGAUCUGCAAUACUGAAUGUACUUUUUCAUACCAACUUUUCAAGACAUUUUGGUUACCAGUUGUUGUUGACCAGAUAAACAUUGGUUUGUUUGUUUUUGCUCUCUUUUAAAAAACCUAUCAUUAUGUUUCAUUCUUCUAUACAUCUGUCUACCGUGCUUCCGCAGUGAAUGGAGGACAUACUCCAGCUUCUCCCGAAGCACCGGCAAAUUCUCACACACGCCUGGGGGAGAGCAGCUACUCACACCUGCCUUUGCAGUAGCUUAGUUGUGCUUUCAAAACGUUUUUUUACCACUUAAUUUUGUGUUCAUGACCAAACCUGAGUGCCAUUCACUAGCAUUCUUUAAUGGGAUAAAUUCACUUGUGAGAUCAGGUUAUUAAAAACCGAUCAAGGGAAAUCUAAACCAACCAUCCCCCACCUUUUUGCCAUAGCCUAUAUUUGUAAUUCAGUCUACUGUCCCCAAAAGCUUCCGCAUGGUACUUUGGUCGAAAGAGCAAGACAAACCGCCGGACACCGCCAUGUCAUCCGGGGCGAUAGAAAUGAAGAAGGUGGUGCCACCGGUGUACCUCCAUUCCAACGGCUCUGUUCACCCGGCCAUCCUCACCGAUGACCCCGAGGAGAUGAGACCGGAGGAGAUGAGACCGGAGGAGAGGGGUGAGUACGAGCUCACGGAAGUGACAUCCUUCACGGACAGGUCUGGUGAACCGGGAGAUGAAGGCCGGGAGAUAGUGGUGAUAGACUGCAGGGCGAAUGCCAAGGGCCAGCGUGAGGAAGACGCUCUCCUGGAGAAUGCCAGCCAGAGCAACGAGAGCGACGACAUAAGCACUGACCAGAGCCCAGAGCCACCAGCGCCGUUAAAAGAGACCUCCUUCUCCAUCGGCCUCCAGGUGGUCUUGCCGUUCCUGCUGGCUGGGUUCGGGACGGUGGCGGCGGGCAUGGUGCUGGACAUUGUUCAGCACUGGACGGUGUUUACUGAGGUGACGGAGGUCUUCAUCCUGGUCCCAGCGCUGCUGGGGUUAAAGGGCAACCUGGAGAUGACACUGGCUUCCAGACUGUCCACAGCGGCUAAUAUUGGUCAGAUGGACUCAGCCAAGGACAUGUGGAAGAUGAUCGUUGGAAACCUCGCCCUCAUCCAGGUCCAGGCCACGGUAGUAGGGUUCCUGGCGUCCAUCGCCGCGGUGAUCUUUGACUGGAUCCCAGAAGGGAACUUUAGACUGGGACAUGCUAUCCUGCUGUGUGCCUCCAGUGUGGCUACCGCAUUCAUCGCUUCUCUGAUACUAGGGAUCAUUAUGAUUGGUGUAAUCAUCGCAUCCAGGAAGGUGGGCAUCAACCCUGACAAUGUGGCCACGCCCAUCGCUGCCAGUCUGGGAGAUCUGAUCACCCUCUCUCUGCUGGCUGGCAUCAGCACAGGACUGUACAAGGAGCUGGAGUUUAACGACUAUGCCAACCCGUUGGUGUGUGUUGUGUUUGUGGCGCUGACCCCUCUGUGGGUGCUUAUUGCUCGGAGGAUCCCCUCCACCAGAGAGGUGCUCUACUCAGGCUGGGAACCUGUCAUCAUUGCCAUGGCAAUCAGCAGUGUUGGGGGUCUGAUCCUAGAUAAGACCGUGUCCAACCCCAACUUCGCUGGCAUGGCUGUCUUCACUCCUGUUAUCAACGGUGUGGGAGGUAACCUGGUAGCGGUGCAAGCCAGUAGAAUCUCCACCUAUCUGCACAUGAAUGGUAUCCCCAUGGGAGACCCUGACCCCAACCCCAGGAAAUGCCCCACCCCCUGCACCUCCUUCUUUGGUUCCAAUGUGAACUCUCGUUCGGCACGGGUGCUCUUCCUCCUGGUUGCUCCAGGUCACCUGGUCUUCCUCUACACUAUCAACUCCAUGCAGGGAGGACACACCACGCUAACAUCCAUCUUCAUAGCCUUCUACAUGGCUGCUGCAUUACUGCAGGUGUUGAUCCUGUUGUACCUGGCUGACUGGAUGGUCCACUGGAUGUGGAGUAGGGGGAUGAACCCUGAUAACUUCUCUAUUCCUUACCUGACGGCCCUGGGAGAUCUGCUGGGGACCGGCUUCCUGGCCCUCUGCUUCCAUGUCCUCUGGCUCAUUGGAGACAGAGACACUGACGUGGGAGACUGAAUACACACACCUGGACAGCAUACAUACACAGCAUCAAUGCCGGCUCACCGGAAACAACCUGAACAACUGAACUGUACAGUAUCUCCCUCUGGACAUCGCAACAACUGAAUGACUUUCAGACCCAGACCUCAACCCUGACCCCUUGACCUCCAAUCUCCCCUCAAACCCCUCCCCCUGGGUCACAGACUAUGCCAUUUAUUUUUAUUUGACUAAAUAAGAGUUCUACUACUAUUGUUUUUAUUGUUAUUAUGAUGACGAUGAUUAUGAUUAUUAUUGUUAAUAGUGAAUUUGAUAUGAAUCUAUAUCUGUUUUACUGUUGGACGGGUGAAUCCUCAUUAUUUUCAAUGGGGACAUUCUCCCUUGGGCCAGUCACAUUGGCAGCAUUUGUAAAGAUGAGAUCAAUCUUAAAGACUUGAAAUGAAGACAGACAGCAAAAAAACUCACACAAGCCUAGAAUGCUUAAUCACCAAGUGCUAUACGUAUAAAGAGAUUAAUACAUUUUUAAGGGACCCUUUCAAUUCGCCUUGCCUUGAGAGUAGUGAUUCUGUGGGGGCAGCUCCACAGGGGCCCGAACCAGAAUGUAGAGACCUGAAUCUGCUUAGGUAACAACACCCCAGCCCUGUCAAAGGAUGUCUGAACACUAACCUGAACAGAAACAGGAUGUUUUAACAACUCUGGGUAGAAGUUGCCCUUAAGCACAGAUCUAGAAUCAGUUUACCCUCCCCAAAUCCUAACCUUAAUCAUUGGGGAGGGAUGAAAACAUAACAGGCCCUGUAUCAGUGGUAAGAGGCAACCUCAACCUAGUCCAUGGACAUAGGUCCUGCCAGAUUGUACGGUCAGGUGCCACAUUAUGUUUCAUAGGUCACCAAGUAGGUGCCAGAUCGUACGGUCAGGUGCCACAUUAUGUUUCAUAGGUCACCAAGGAGGUGCCAGAUCGUACGGUCAGGUGCCACAUUGUUUCAUAGGUCACCAAGGAGGUGCCAGAUCGUACUGUCAGGUGCCACAUUAUUUUUCAUAGGUCACCAAGGAGGUGCCAGAUCGUACUGUCAGGUGCCACAUUAUGUUUCAUAGGUCACCAAGGAGGUGCCAGAUCGUACGGUCAGGUGCCACAUUGUUUCAUAGGUCACCAAGGAGGUGCCAGAUCGUACGGUCAGGUGCCACAUUAUGUUUCAUAGAUCACCAAGGAGGUGCCAGAUCGUACGGUCAGGUGCCACAUUAUGUUUCAUAGGUCACCAAGGAGGUGCCAGAUCGUACGGUCAGGUGCCACAUUGUUUCAUAGGUCACCAAGGAGGUGCCAGAUCGUACGGUCAGGUGCCACAUUAUGUUUCAUAGGUCACCAAGGAGGUGCCAGAUCGUACUGUCAGGUGCCACAUUAUGUUUCAUAGGUCACCAAGGAGGUGCCAGAUCGUACUGUCAGGUGCCACAUUAUGUUUCAUAGGUCACCAAGGAGGUGCCAGAUCGUACGGUCAGGUGCCACAUUGUUUCAUAGGUCACCAAGGAGGUGCCAGAUCGUACGGUCAGGUGCCACAUUAUGUUUCAUAGAUCACCAAGGAGGUGCCAGAUCGUACGGUCAGGUGCCACAUUAUGUUUCAUAGGUCACCAAGGAGGUGCCAGAUCGUACGGUCAGGUGCCACAUUAUGUUUCAUAGGUCACCAAGGAGGUGCCAGAUCGUACGGUCAGGUGCCACAUUAUGUUUCACACUCAGUUGGAGGGUUGUUUCUUGAAUUAAAGUCAACCCCAAUUCUUGCCAACCAUGUCCUUGGUGGUCCUUGAGGCCUCAAUGCUCAAUAACAAGGUUUCAACACCUUGUUCUCCCCUAAAUCCUCCUAAAGGGCUACGAUUGUGACAUUUCUUCAAUUAAAUGUGUUUCUUCUUUGUUUUCACACAAACACUUAGACAGAAAAUUGUGCUUUGCUUGUCAGGCUGGCCAUCUGUUUGUGGCAGCCUGUUGGUUACACACUGCUUAUCACUGGAUUCCCUGAAGUUAGAGUGGCCUUACUGGGAGGCUAGAGGGAGGUCAGAGAGGGUAGGGACAGAGCACUUAUUGAGACAGAGGCCAUUCCAGGUGACAUCCUAUCUAGUGCAAGGACUUGGGAGCAUAUGUUAAAGGGUGGUGAAAGUUGUCCACUUGAUCACGCUGUUGCCUAAUGCUGUAGUGACAAGACCUGUUUGGUGUGUUCUCAUUACAAGGCUUUAAUGGGCUUCAUUAGUUAGUGAGGAAAGACAGGAUGUUGAGGGAGGAAUUGUCAAACCAAUAUUGCCUGCUUAGGAAUAUCAUGCAAACAUCUCGCGCUCUCUCAAGCUUUCUCGAAUGGUACAAACAACGUCAGCGAUCUUCUUGAGUUGAAUCAACUCAAGGCCUGUCCAUGCUGACUACCACAUUUCCGUAAUGUCUGUUGUGCAUUGUACAUACACACUGUGCAGCUGACCUACAAUAUCUGCCACAUAGACACCAUGCUUCAAAACGGCCUCCUAUCCUACCCACAUUUACAUACUGUCAGUAUAGACACUCUAAUUCUCGUAAGCAGCAGAGCCCAGCUUGAUGGUGAAAUGCAUGUGUUAUCAUCUGAUGCUUUGUUAUCUGGUGUUCAAUGUAUGUUGUUUUAAGGGGCCAGCAGAGUGCAUGUGCAGGGCACAUAACAUCAAUAUGCAAAACUUGUGCAUUAUGAGUUAAGUUUCCUUCUCUUUAAAAUAUAAUGUAUCCUUCUUAGGUUUGACACAUUUUACAAAGUGGAAGUUGUGUCCGUUAUUAGAUGUAUUCUUUAACUUCAUCAUUUUUCUUAAUCCUUCUGUGAUCUUAUGUGUUAGUCAUAGAGAAUGAUUAUGUCAUGUUUAUGAUUGAGGCAGCCCCAGUGGGGUAUAGUGUCACUGUUGGAAAGUACUGUAAUAUACACACACAGGCACCAGAGGGCGACAUUAUCAUAUGAGUGAAUAUGAGACAGUGCUGAUGGUGAUCGAGGCUGUUCACUAUUCGCUUCAUCUAGAUUCUAGAACCUGUAUCCAAGAUUCUAAUGUAGAACCUGUGUUUUCUAGAUUCUAGAAUUUGUAUUUUCUAGAAUGACAUACCUUCUGGAUUCUAGAGCCUGUAUCCAAGAUUCUAUUCUAAAACCUGUCCUCUGUAUUCUUGAAGCGGAACCCUGGAUCUAGAACCUGGGUUCUCUCUGCUGUCUUACUGAACCUGUGCCAGCGUUCUGCCCCACUACGGAUAAGAGGUUGUCAAUACUUCUUCAGGGGGAAGGAAUGCUUUGUCUAUUUAUUUUUAGAUGCACACAAAGCAAAUUGUAUAUACUAUAUUUAUUCUAUAAAUAAGGUGUUUAUUUUUCAUUUAAUUUUGUCUCGGUUCUGUGUCGCUGUUUUUGUAAUUGAUUCUCAUUUAAUUUUUUUGUUCAUCCUUUUUUUGUGUCGUAUCCAGCCAGUAGAGCUUCAGCGCUGCCGCGGUAGAUUAGCGCCUAGGCUAACAAACAACAGUGUGCGUGUCUAAUAUCUGAUGAACCUCACACACCUUACAUCCCCUGCCCUCGGGCAGGGACCCAAACAUAGAAGGCCUUAACCUAUCAGGAGCCAAGCUCAACACAUAGUAACCAAUCAGGAGCUAGGCUCACCACAGAGUAGAAUCUCUCUAAUUAGCUUUUAUUAAUAACUGAUAUAGCUUGAUUUGAUGUUGUGAUGAAUGAAUAAAUAGUCUAUGAGAGAGGCUGCAUGACUGCAGUGGUUGGGGAUCACUAAGGCCAGAACCUUUAAUUGAGAACAUAAAUGAAUAGAUGGAUAUUGUAAACCGAAGGCUCUGACUAGAACAGACUAGUGGUCAGACAACACAGAGGUAUAACGGACUGAUCAUUUCUCUAUAACCCCAUUCCUCACCCCCACCUCCCAGACAACACACACACACACACACACACACACACACUACUAGCACAAAAUGUCCAUACAGAUAUAUUGGUUACAAACACACACGCAUACACUGUAUUUGGAACUGUGUGCUCCCCCUGCUGUCCCCCCUCUGUAACCCUGUAACUAUAGUGGGGUUCACAAUCUGCAGGAAUUUAUAAAUUGCUGGAAAUAAAGGACUAUAUUAUUUUGUACCACU